AGAGAGGGAGGAAGGAGGGGUUCAUUCAGUUUGGUUUCUGGUCACAGCUCUGACAGACUCUGUCAGUCAGAGGCCUCGGGUGUUGGAUGUUUGCCGGACGUCACCUGGUGCGACAUGGAGCUGCUGCUGUCCUCGCUGAGCGACCUGGAUCCUGACGCUCUGGAGCUGGAGUACGGCGCGGUGCGUUCACACUCCACGUUGAUUAAGAGAGAUCUGGGUUUAACCACUGAGGCUGGAGCUCUGAAGGAAAACAUCAAGAAGAACAGAUACAAAGACAUCCUGCCACAUGACCAGACUCGAGUGGUGUUGACUCUGCUGACCUCAGAUUUCGACACAGAUUACAUCAACGCAAGUUUUAUCAAGGGGGCGAAAGCAGACAAGAGCUACAUCGCCUCUCAGGCUCCUCUCAGCGCCACAGUGACUGACUUCUGGAGGAUGAUCUGGCAACAUGACGUCAAGGUGAUAGUCAUGGCCUGCAGAGAGGUGGAGAUGGGGAAGAGGAAGUGUGACUGCUACUGGGCUCAGCUUCAUCAGGCCACUGCAUUCGGACCAUUUACCGUCAGCAGCCAGGGGGAGACACAACCUAAUGAAGAUGUGGUGGUUCGAGCUCUGACUGUCACAUACCAGCAGCUCAGCCGUUCACUGACUCAGUAUCAGUUCCUGUCGUGGCCGGAUCACGACAUUCCCUACGAGGCUGCAGGAGUCCUGGACCUGCUGGAGAGGGUGAGAGAGAGUCAGAGAACAUGCACGUCUCCUGUGCUGAUACACUGCAGUGCGGGCUGUGGGAGGACAGGAGUCAUCUGUGCUCUUGACUACAUCUAUGACCUGCUGGUUACCAAGCCAAUCACAACUGACUUCAGCAUCAUGAAGAUCGUCCUGGAGCUCCGGAGGCAGAGACCCUCAGCAGUCCAGACUAAAGAUCAGUAUCGGUUCAUCUUCUCGUCCGUCGCCUGUUUGAUCCAACGACUCCUGUGGCCGAGCGGUCGACAGCUCUACAGCAACCGGCCUCAGCUGAAGAAACAAGACAAGGAAACAACGGUGACUCCUGCUUCCUGCAACAAGAGAUCAUUGAGGCUGAGCAUGAAUGAUACGUACGCUGUGGUUAAUAAACCCAAACAUCCCCACCCACCUCCAUCAAAACCCACCCACUCUGAUGUAGCCCUGCCCAGAUCCAGCAGGUCCAUGCCCCAGUCCCACCACUAUGAUAACGACCCUGCAGGAGCGUCGGCGGCUCCCGUCUACAGCUGCGUCCGACCUCGAAAUACACCACUCAGCCUACAGCUCUCUGCCACGGCCAUCUAUGACAUGGCAAGUCCAAGCAGUCAUAGGCCGGGGGGGGGACUUCUGUCGCCGGGUAGCAACGGAGAGCAUCACGUGGCGGCAGCUGAACAACUUUCACCAACAAAUGAUGAUUAUGAAGAAUUCUCCUCUUCAGUCACGGACACGUCCGGCCUCUGUCCACCAGGGGGCAUCGGGUUUAACUGUCGUAUUCAGAAGCCCAAAGGACCCAGAGAUCCUCCAGCUGAGUGGAGCCGACUGGAGAGAUGAACCGCUUCAAACUGGACUCAGUGGAACUGGACUCAGUGGAACUGGACUCAGUCGAACUGGACUCAGUCAGUGUGUUAACGUUACCACAGAGAGAAGAUGUUCAGUUGACCUGAACUGAGACUUGUGUGUGAUUCGAUGUGUUGUGUUGUUUUGUGUCUGAUUCCUUCCUCUUUAUAUUUCAUCACGUCUUUGCGGUUUAUCAGAUUUUGAUUUUCAGUGUGGGUCAAUGUACAAACCUGUAGUGUAGAGAAGUACUGUCGUAAUAGUUUUACUGUUUCAUCUGCAAGUAGAAGUAAAAGUGAAGGUUUGUUAAAUGAGCCCGUCGUCUCAGGUCGACCCACUCUACCCGUGCUGACCACCAGGGGGCAGCAGAGCAACACAAAACAUCAGCAGUGAAACGUCCUGCAGGAGGAUAAAGUUACAGCUUCAUUUCAGAGGACACACACUGAUGUUACCCUCCUCGUGGUGGAUCAGUUGUAGAAUUCUCCCUGUCACACAGGUUCGAUUCCCACCCACUGCAAUAAAAUGAACCUGUUUAUCCUA